AGAAAAAAAUGAAAAGAAUAUCUGUUAGAUUCCUAUCUCUCAGCCCUCUCUCUCUCUCUCUCUCUCUCUCUCUCUCUCUCUGUGCAUAACUACCUAGUUCCCACAAAAGCACCAUAGAACCCUGAACUCCACGCUCACGGCUGAGAAACGACUGUCUACAACCCAGAAGAGCUGAAGAACAAAAGGAAGAGAUGUCUCAGAAGCUUGUGCAGCCGAUAGGCCAAAAGAGGCUAACGAACGUGGCGGUGGUUCGCCUCAAGAAGCGCGGCAUUCGCUUUGAGAUCGCUUGCUACAAGAACAAGGUCCUCUCUUGGCGCUCUAGUGUAGAGAAAGAUUUGGACGAAGUGUUGCAGUCGCAUAUUGUCUAUUCGAAUGUUUCAAAAGGGGUUCUUGCCAAGUCUAAAGAUUUGGUUGCGGCUUUUGGAACAGAUGAUCAGAGUAAGAUAUGCUUGGAGAUUCUGGAUAAAGGGGAGCUUCAAGUGGCUGGGAAAGAGAGAGAGUCUCAGCUAUCGAAUCAGUUUCGGGAUAUUGCGACCAUUGUUAUGGAGAAGACUUUCAAUGUCGAAACACAACGUCCUUACACUAUUAGCAUGAUCGAGCGACUUAUGCAUGAAAUCCAUUUUGCUGUUGAUCCAAAUAGCAGCUCGAAGAAGCAGGCACUAGAAGUUAUUCAUGAGCUUCAGAAGCACUUUCCAAUAAAACGGUCCCCAAUGAGGUUACGAAUUUGUGUUCCAGAAAAGGAUUUUUCCUCUCUUUUGGAGAAGCUGAAUGUGUGGAAUGCCAGCAUCGUCUCAAAAGAUGAUUCUGGAAGUCAGCCAUCUGUUAUUUGUGAAAUGGAUCCCGGUUUAUAUCGGGACUGUAGUGAGUUUGUGAGCAGUCUGAAAGGAAGGUUUGAACUUCUUGCGCAUUCUGUGCAUUUGGAGGAAGUCAGCCGUGUGGAUCAUUGUGAUGAUUAUGCGGAAGGCCCAUCACGCCUACCCAAGGAAUCUGCCGACUCCGAGUCUCAACUGAGUGAGAAAUUACAAAAACAGGCUACUGUUUCUGGUGGAAAUGAGAAUGCCAAGGGAGAGGGGAAGCAAAUUAAGUGUAGUACCUGCAAUACAUUUUUCGGUGAUUCCAACGAGUUCAGGAAUCACUCCAAGAGUGAUUGGCACAGGCAUAAUGUAAAGCGGAAGACUAGGCAACUCCCUGCCCUAACUGAAGAAGAGUGCUCGGCUGACAUGGAAAUGGGCGACGCAAGGGCAGAUUUGAAGGAAUAUUCAUUCUAAGCUGGACUUUAGGAUUUGAGAACUUGUGUUGGUUGAUCAAUGUCCGAAUAUAGAUACACCAUCUUAUGUAGUGCUUCCUUUAGGCCAAUUUUGAUGGGACAGACUGAAUUCAAUUUGUGCUUUUGUGCAGAUUGCCCUCAAAUAGAAAGUAUUAUUACGUAAUCAUUUUGCACUA